CUGUUAAAACAAUGUUCACCUUUAUCGAAGCCUCAUCCGCCACCGUCGGAGUCUCUGACCAAACUUUUGGUCGUGACUUACAACCCGGAACAGCUUGAAACCACUGGUAGCAUACAAGUUACCGCAUCGACUCAGAAGCACACUCAACGGCGCCGACAUUCAAGCCUCCAUCAACUGAUGCCGUGAUCAUUGUCGUGAUUUGUCGCCGCAAUUGGCUUCUACGGCAAAAGAUAUUCCAAGAGUAGUUAGUGUCUUCCACCUUCCGAGCGAUACGAAAGGAGCUAGGAUUCCUGUGAUAUAUAAUCUGAUGGUACCACUUUUUUCGAUGUAGCAAGCUCAUAACCUUCUACCAUAACCAUGUCGCCUCACAAAGGGAUCGCGCUCAUCACAGGAUCUGCUCAGGGCAUUGGUCGCAGUAUCGCUCUGCGGCUUGCGAGGGAUGGCUUCGACAUUGCCUUGAACGACAUUCCUAUGAAAAGUGAGCAGCUGGCUGCUGUUGCUAGUGAAGUCGAGGCAUUGGGACGCAAAGCGUGUAUCGUGAUUGCGGAUGUGACAAUCGAAGAGGAAGUGAAGAACAUGAUCACUGACACCGUAAAAGAGUUGAGCGGAUUGGAUGUGAUGGUCGCCAACGCUGGCAUUCCAGGAGCCAAUACUGUCUUGGAAACCACUGUUGAAGACUGGGAACGCACGUUCACCGUUAACGCCCGCGGAGUCUUCCUGUGCUAUAAACAUGCCGCAGUACAGAUGAUAUCUCAGGGUCGCGGUGGCAGGAUCAUUGGCGCAAGUUCAAUUGCCGGAAAGAUUGGAUUUCCAUCAGCUGCUGCAUACUGCGCUAGCAAGUUCGCUGUCCGCGGAUUGACGCAGACUGCUGCUCUUGAGCUUGGAAAACAUAAUAUCACAGUCAACGCCUAUGCGCCGGGUGUCAUACAAACCCAGAUACUGGAUAGUAUUUCUGACCAAUCUGGAAAUGUCAGCCUGGCAGACGAAGAUUCGACGAAUUACCUUACUCAGCUAAUUGGGAACCGGCCGAUCAAACAUAAUGGUCAACCAGAGGAUAUCGCAAGCAUUGUCAGUUAUUUGGCAUCGAAAGAGGCGCAUUUCAUUACAGGGCAAUGCAUUUCUGUCGACGGAGGCGUCGUUCUAUCUUAGCGAGUCAGACAUCUUCCGAACACAAUGCACUAAAAGAAGAAACAAAUGUAUCUUCAAGAGGUAACGCCGAACAUGACGGACUAGAGUUACUCCUGUUUGAUUCAAAUGAAUGAAUGAAUUUAUAUUUGGC